UAUAAAUUCAUGACAAUUUAUUAUAGUAAUUAAUUAUGCGCAUUCUUGGUCUCUCAAACCCUAGCUUUUAAUUUCCCCUUUCAACUCACGAUCACAAAAGAACGCAAAUCUGUUAGAUAGAGAAGCAGAAAUCGAUCAAGAAAAGCAGGAUUCUUCAGUGAUUGAAUUCCUUACGAUCAUCGAGGGAGGUUUUGUGAUAGCAUAGCAAUCAUGAGAUUCAUAAAGGGGAAUACAGUUGAGGUACUACGGAACAAAGAGGUGCCUCCAGGCGAGUGGCGUUGUGGUAAGAUUAUCUCAGGUAAUGGGCACACUUACAGUGUUGUAUAUGAAGAUCCUUUUGGCAUGAGAAGUGAGGCACUUGUGGAGCGAGUGCCAAGGAAGACCAUUAGGCCCUGCCCUCCUGUGGAAAGUGUGGAGAGUUGGGCAGUUGGAGAUGUUGUGGAGGUGUUUGAUGUUGGUUCCUGGAAAGCAGCUAUGGUUUUGAAGGUUCUGGGUGGGCAUUAUUGUUUGGUUAGGCUACUGGGAUCUUGUGAGGAGUUCAGAGUUAAAAAAUCCAACAUUCGGGUGCGUCAGUCUUGGCAAGAUGACAAAUGGGUUGUCAUCGGAAAGGGUUCAGGAAGUUGUGAGGCUGUGAAAUCCAAAAAACCAUCUAGCUUGAACUGUUAUCUGAUGAACUCUGAGUUUCCGCAAUUCAUUAAAGCCAGAAAGAAGCAGACAGGAAAUGAUCAUUUAGCUGCCCAAGACAAUACUUGUUUUCAGGAGUCUCAUAUUGUCUCAUCUAGAACAUUGAAGAGACUGUCCCCUUAUUCCUCUCAUAUUGAAGAAUAUACCAGAAAAAUGAGAGCAGUUGAGAAAGAGGGUGAGAGUCAAAGAUUCAUUUCAGAGUCCCCAUCCCCCUUGUUGAAAAAGGUAGAUGCUGUUGCUUACCCACGAGUAAAACUGGGUGAAAAAUACAUGCCUGCUUCCUCUAAUAAUCAAAAAACUGGAUAUUUUGAAUUGGAGAGGGGAAAUCAGAAUGAUUCUGUUUUGUCUUUUCAUGAAAGAAGUUCAGAACCUACCGAGUGUGAUAGCGUGGCAUCUUCUGUUGGUAGUUGUAGUGUUGUUAGUAACAGUCCAAUUAAGUUGUCAGGUCAUAUUAUAUCAGGUCCUACUCAAGAUGCAGAUACCCUUUGUAGUGAUGCAGAUUCCUUUUAUGAUUGUGGAGAUGAGGAAGGAAAAUGUCCACUUUCUCUUAAAGAGGAUGUAGCAGCAAAAAUCCAUAGACUAGAGUUGCAUGCUUAUUGCAGGACUCUAGAGGCAAUAUAUGCUUCUGGGCCCUUAAGUUGGGAACAAGAAGCUCUAUUGACAAAUCUCCGUAUUUCACUCAAUAUUUCAAAUGAUGAACAUUUGAUGGAGAUAAGGCACCUAAAAUCAGUUGGAACUGGCCUUCAUCUUAGUUAACUAAUAAUCAAGGGAUUUGUUUUCCUUUAGAAUAGGAUAUUCCAUAGUAGGCUUUUAAUGUCCUCACAAAUCAUUGUAAGAAGCAGGAGUAAUGGUUGCUUUUUGUAGAAUCAGUCUUGGCGUUUCAAUCUGUACUUGGAAAUUAUGUAACAAAAAUUUGUAUACAGGAAUGAAUAUUUUUCUGGCUCAUCGCAGUGUUCUUUUAUGCCCUUUUUCUUCUUUUUCCUUAUAUGUAUUCAUUCAUUUUUGGGAGGAUUUUAUGAUAUUUAAUUAUUUUCAGCUAAGAUCGUGAAGUUCUUUUAAAUCAUUGGAAAGGUUUGGCUGCCAUAUCAUUUUGAGAAAAUUCUUAUUGACUUUUCUAUCUGCAUCCCUUGAUUUUUUAAAUCUUGCACCCAAAAAAUAAGGAAAAAAAUUUGAAUUAUUCUGUAUCUGAUGUUCUGGAUAUGAGGAUGACAAGUUGCAAUCUAACCCUAUAUGUCUAUGCUUGCAUAAAAUGUUCGCCUGUCCUGCCUUUAUUAUGUUUGGCUGGUUGACUAAUUUGGCAUUUAUAAGAACAUUGAAGCUCUUCAAUUAUUUACUAGGUGGCAAUGGAAUUUGAAUUCUGACGUUUGAAAUUUUCUUCUAUCCUCUGGCCUAUGGAGAUUGUGCUUAUCCCUUCCCCUCAUUAUGUUUAUUCCCUUUUAUUUCAUUCUGGUGAG